CAUUCGCGCCCUUGUUAGCAUCUGUCGUGAUCUCGCUGGGAUCUGCUCUGUUAACACCUACUAUUGCCUCAGAAGUACUAACAUAACUUAUAACAAACCAUCUUUUUGCGCAACUAUUGGAGAGACGCACUCUAAACAAUCAUCGCUAUAAAGCAGCAAUCCGUCGAAUCGAGCUGUGAAUAAGACCACAAUGUCACGAGUCUCACUUGCGACACCAUGCCCUCCACCUAAAAGGCUUAUCACACAGGCGCAAACCACGCUCCCCAUCUCCGACGAAACAACAAACAUAGAUUAUACAAGCACGAUACAGAAUGAGUUCCGCAACGCCAGACCGAAAAGACGACAAAGUUUGAGCCGCCGGGAACAAAAGCAUGUGCCAGUCGCGAUCUUCGAGGAUUUGGUGGAGGAUGAAGAGCUCAAUGUGGAGCCUGUCACGAAGAAAUUGGAGGGACGGACGCUCUUAGGAAAGCCGGCGCAGCGCAGGCUAUCUACAUUCGUCGCGAACCCGCCUGAGGAGCAAGCUAGAGUGCAGCCCAUGCGAAAUGUUGGCCAGGCUACAAGGCGAUCCUCGAUCCUCCCUCGCGUUGUGGAGUCGAAGGAGCGGAAUACAGAGCGAUCCGACCACGCACAAUACAUGCGACGAAGGACGAUCUUCGUACCGACUGAUGCGACCACAAUGCUGACCAUACAUCCUGGAGCCAAAAUGACAUCACAACUGGACGAUACGUUUCACGUCGGGCAGUGCAUCACGCAAACAAAGUCUGCUGUCGAAGAUCGAGCGAAUGAUUCUGAAAAUGUUGAUAGUCUGGCCGAGCUCAUUCAUCAGCAUAAGCCAGUCCGCCGACCUAGGAAAUCUCUGGCAGCGGCGCCUAGGCGGCUGCCGCUGCAGCAUAUUGAAUCAAGCUUCAAUGAUACGAUGUUUGAGCUUGCUGGUUCGAACACCGGCAAAGAGAAUGUACCGCCGUCAGCAGAGACGCGCAAAAAACAUACCGCCGAGAAACCGAAGAGUGCCCUGGCGCCACGCAUGUCCUAUCAAAGCGGAGUGUCUCAAAAGCAGACUGCGGCCUCGCACAACAGACAAUCAGUAAUUGCGCGGAAGAGCGUACCGCUACCCCGUUCACUUGUCCCUCAGAAGCGACCGAUCGCUGCCAGGGUGUUGACAGCAAAUACCGCGGCUGCGCAUUCAGGACAGGCCCACCCUCCCGCGAAAUACUCGGUGAAGCCAUCGCAAGCCAAAGCAUUGAUGCCACCUAAGUCGAAUACUGUUGAUCGAGCCGAGAAGCAGCGACAGCUUCGCGAAGUAAUCGCGGUGAAACGCCAAGAACUGCAAACCGCCAAACUUGCAGACUAUCCCCUGCUUUCCGAAGAUUUCGCUCAACCAGAGCUCUACGACGAUGGAUGGUUGUCUCAUCAAGAGGUAGCAGUAACCGAAACAAUCAACGAGAUCUUCCGCUCUGCCGUAAAAACUUCAACAUUGGCGCAGGCCGACCAACAGACAUCUCUACGCGACCGUAUGAUCGAGACAUAUCACUCUCCUGACACCAGCAUGUUGUACAGGCGCAUAAUCGCGUCCCUGAGUCACGGUGCUCUGAAGCAGCCAAAAGAAUUAGCUGCUUCCAGCAGUCUUGGUCGCGACCUUGGGCGCAGGAGACGCUUCUUAAGCCUACUAUUGGACAACUACGAGGAAAACCAUCUCCGCACGGCCGCAGAAGUUGUGGUCGGUCGGCAAAUCCCUCGUCAAUCUGGAGGAUCAGCUAAUGCAUUGACGGCCGGCGAGGCAAUACUCGACCCACUGAUCAAUCGAAGAGCAAUCACUCGUUUUCUCGAGACAUUCUUUGUGUCGGCCGCCGAUGUCGAACCAGUCAAAACCUUGCAGAAUGACGAUGAGCAGACGUUACAAUCAGCUCGUUUGAGGAAGACCACAGUCCGCAGUCUCAUGCUGAUUUGGCUGCUCGACCGAGCCAAGCUGGAAAACGAUGUGGAGGGCUGUUUAUUCCAGCUCUCCGCUUCGAAAAAAUCCUCCAUUGAGAUGUUGCAAGCAUUGUCGACCUUUAUUCUACCGUCGACAGGCGAUAUCGUGCGAGUCUUGCGUCACAUGGACUACGAGAUAGCGCAUGUGCAGGACCCUCUCGACGAAGUGGUAUAUCACGUGGAGAACCUCGCGGUCGAUCUUCGCGACGGAGUAAUUCUCACGCAUCUCGUAGAAACAUUGCUUUACCAGCAAGCCAACGAGACCAUGGACUCCACCGAUGAAACUUCUACCUUGGCGAUCACCUUGCCAGAUCACACCGUCCUUGAGAGCAUCAUUCAGGUACAAAACAGGCCCGGAGUUCCCACACGACUGCUUUCACAGCAUGUGAAAUUGCCUUGUACCGGUCGUGCUCAGAAGCUAUACAAUGUGCAAAUUGCUCUGAGCGCGCUCGAAUGCUACGACACAAGAGGCAACAAUGCAGUGGCAGACGUCACAGCCUGCGAUAUUGUUGAUGGCCACCGCGAAAAGACCAUCGCGCUACUUUGGUCUCUUGUCGGAGGCUUCGGAUUGAGCAAGCUAGUCAACUGGAGAGACCUUGCUGCCGAUACUACUCGAAUUCAAGGUUGCAAAUCAUUGACAGUCAGUGCUGCCACUCGCGAAGAGCAAGCGGAGCUUUUGAAGUCAUGGGCUUCAGCAUAUUGCGCAUCUGAAGGCGGCCACCUGCGCAUCACAAAUCUGACGUCUUCCUUCGCUGAUGGAAGAGCCUACGGUGCGAUCAUCCGUGGAUAUGCGCCGUUCAUCUCCUUGAAAUCCACGAAGAAACGCUCGUCAAAGUCAAGCGACAAUCCGCAAAGUGUUCUCGCAGAACAACUCCUUGCGCUCGGCUGCAGCGCCACGUUCGCCAGUCAAGUGGCUUCCAAUCUUACCGUCGUUCCCAACAGCGAGACCACGCUUGCAAACCUUGCUCUACUUGCCUCCCGACUUUUGCCUCUUUCUCGCCGGUAUCGGGCUGCGGUAGCGAUCCAAAGGGCCUAUCGUGAGCAUCGUGCCGCAAUGAUGGCAACGAUCAAGAUGCAAUUGAAGGACGUAGCGAGCGCCUGUGCCACGGUUGUACAAACUCGCAAUCGAAUUGUUGGGGCGGCCGAAACCAUUCAACGGGCAUGGAGAAAAUCAUUGGCUGGCCGAAUUGAGAAAUUGAAUAGCGAAGUGGAGGCUUUCCAAUGUCUGGCCAAAGGUUGGGCACUCAGGAAGGACAUACUGUUGGCGAGUGCUCGAACGCAGGCAAAUUUUUAUGGAGCAGAGACGCGGAUCAUGGGUGGAUGGUGAUCGCGGACAAAGAGACUGUCGUUAUCUUUUGCAUAGACGUUCGAAUUAGUGAGAGGUAUGAAUUUAUGAAGAUCUUUUCGGCCCGGUCGAUGUUCCUGGCUGCGCAGUUGCUCAUUUUCAAC